AAAGAUUAAAUUUUUAGGUUGGAAUGUCUUGAAUCUAAUAUCAAUUUUUUAUUCAUUUUAGGAUUUUAAUCCUAAACUUAAAUUUGUAAUAUGAAUUAUUAUGUAAAAGAAAAUCAAAAUUUUGGCAUUUCCCUUAGCACUAAAGAUGACAAAGGGACAAAUGAUAAACGAAAUAUAGGGGGAGAGGUCCCCACGAUGUUUCUUCUCAUUUCACUCAUCUUUAUAUUUCACAUCAACCGAUCGAACAUUUUGGGGGAAACAACCAUGGAGAAAGGCGACGGUGGAGAAGUCGACGCCCAAGCCUCUACGAUGGCCACGGAGCAGCAGCAGCAGCAGCAACCAAACUCAAACUCCGAAGAAACUUAUCUCACAACUCACCAUCUCUCCGCACCGCCCUCCGGCCUCACUCAGGAAGAGUUCGACGAGUUGAAGGACUUAGUAGCAGAGUUUCACAUCUACAAACUCACACGCGGCCGGUGCUCCUCCUUACUGGCUCAGCGUGUUCAAGCACCAUCGGUGGCGGUCUGGUCCAUCGUACGAAGAUUCGACCAACCGCAGAGUUACAAGCACUUCAUCAAGAGCUGUACGGUAAGCGAAGGAUUCACAAUGAAGUUAGGUUGUACAAGAGAGGUUAAUGUAAUAUCAGGCUUACCAGCGGAUACAAGUACUGAGAGGCUCGAUAUUCAUGACGACGAGCGACGCGUCAUCGGAUUCAGUAUCAUCGGAGGUGAACACCGUCUCCGGAAUUACCGAUCGGUGACUUCGGUGCAUCAGUUGGAGCGGGAUGGUCAGAUCUGGAGCGUGGUUUUGGAAUCGUACGCGGUGGAUGUUCCGCCGGGGAACACGGAGGAGGAUGCUCGUUUGUUUGCCGAUACGGUUGUGAGAUUGAAUCUGCAGAAACUGGCUUCGGUUGUUGAAGGAAUGAAUCGUGCAGGUAAUCGGUAAUUUGGUAAUCGGUAAAUUACUUCUUCUUCUUCUUCUUCUUCUUCUUCUUCGAUUUGAGAAUCGGAAUGAAGAACAAAGUGAAAUUUGAAGAUGAAAAUUGGUUGAAAUUUGAUUUAGAGUUUCAUCUUCUUGAGUUUUUGGUCAGUUCUUCGUCGAUGGGAAGAUUUCUCUAGAUUUUUCGGUUUCAUUUGGAAUGUUAAAAUACCCAAAAUGUCCUUUGAUUUCAAUAGAAGCGUCGGAGGGCAGAAACGGACUAGUGGCGUUGGAUUGUCAUUAUGUAGUGCAUUUCGGUCAAUAAUGCAAGUGUAAAUACAAACGAUGUCGUUUUGUUAAAUAAAUUCCUUCUCUUUUAUUUUAUUAUCCAAAAUUAAUAUUAAUAUACUUUUGAGUAUUAUUGAA